AUGGCACCAAUUCCACCUCCACGAAGAAGUGCAAUCUCUGAGCUCGAAGCCGAUGAAAGAGAAGUGGACGAAAUGGCUACACCCGAGCUCGAGGCAUUUCACCCUAAAAAGGAAAGGGACACUCGGAACUAUGUUUGCUACAAUUGCAAGGCUCCUGUUCUGGUACGGAUGUGGAUUGGAAAACUACACCUCUCCAAAUUGUCCUCGGUGCGCGGGAAACGAGAGGAAGAGCAGUUUAAAGCCCCGGGGGAAUUGCUCUCAGGAGAAGAGCCCGGAGUCCCAUUAGAACCCCCACCCACUUCUCUUUCUAGCAGCUCAGUGUCCGUCCCCGUCCCUACCAACACUCCUUCAUUUACACCUGUUCCAGCACCCCUUCCGUGCCCGAAAGAGACAGACCCGAAUGCUCAUGUACUCACUGAACAACAGUCCAAGCGCUUACAAGAUGCCAUAAGUCUGUUCCCAUCCUCUGUUGUCCAAGGCUUAGGAAAAACAACACGGCAUUACCCGAUUUCCCCAGCGGUACAGAAACUUCUUUAUGAGGAAUUGGAACGUAUGCUUAAGCUUGGUGCUAUCGAGCAAAGUAACAGUGCGUGGAGCUCUCCUGUAGUCCUAGUGCGUAAGCCUGGCAAAAAUCGCUUAUGUCUAGACUACAAGAAAGUCAACGCCAAAACUAAGAAAGAUGCGUAUCCACUUUUUCAUAUUGAAGGAUUGCUAUCGCGUCUUCCAGAUACACAUUUCAUUUCGAGUGUGGAUCUAAAAGAUGCUUUUUGGCAGAUCCCGUUGGAGAAAUCAUCUCGGGAAAAGACGGCGUUUACUGUGCCCGGCAUGCCCCUGUUGCAGUUUACGGUUAUGCCAUUUGGCCUCUGUAAUGCCCCACAACGCAUGGUCAGAUUAAUGGACAAAGUGGUGCCCCAUCAACUGCGAGAAAAAAUCUUUCCGUACUUGGAUGACCUGUUAGUGGUAUCUAGCACUGUUUAA